AUGCGUGCUUUCCGGAAAUCGACUCGCCUCUCGCGCCAGCUGCUGGCUUCCAAUGGCCUCCGCUACAGUUCCACCAGUGCUCCGCCCACGUCCAAGUCGCUUACCUCUGUCCUCAUAGCCAACCGUGGAGAAAUCGCCCUGCGAGUCGGCCGCACAGCUUCUGAAUAUGGCAUACGGACCACAACCCUAUACACCGACCCCGAUGCUCGAUCACAGCAUGCAUUGAGCUCGCCCUACGCCGUGAACCUUGGUGACCCGUCGGCAUACCUCGACGGCGACCGCAUAAUACAGAUCGCAAAGGAGCAAGGUUGCCAGGGGAUACAUCCAGGAUACGGCUUCUUGAGCGAGAACCCCACGUUCGCAAGGAAGUGUACAGAGGCUGGUCUGACCUUCAUUGGCCCGCCAUGGCAAGCAAUCGAGUCCAUGGGAAGCAAGAGCGAAUCCAAAGACAUCAUGACCAAAGCCGGUGUACCCUGCAUUCCGGGGUACCACGGCUUCAACCAAGAUCCGGAGUAUCUCAAGGAGCAGGCCGCAGGCAUUGGCUAUCCUGUGCUCCUCAAGGCUGUCAAAGGCGGGGGCGGCAAGGGAAUGCGCAUCGUCAAGGAUGAGUCGGAGUUCUUCGACCAACUGGCAUCUGCAAAGUCGGAAGCGCGCAACUCGUUUGGCGAUGAAGUUAUGCUGGUCGAGAAAUACAUCACCACACCACGGCACAUUGAGGUGCAGGUUUUUGCCGACAAGCACGGAAACUGUGUUGCCCUGGGCGAGAGAGACUGCAGUAUCCAGCGCCGACAUCAGAAAAUUCUCGAGGAGUCCCCAGCACCCCACUUGGAUGAGGCCAUCCGGCAAGAUAUCUGGGAGAAGGCGCGCCAGGCUGCACUCGCUGUGGGCUACGAAGGCGCAGGAACUGUGGAAUUCAUCUUCGACAAUGAGACGGGUGAGUUCUUCUUCAUGGAGAUGAACACCAGGCUUCAGGUCGAACAUCCCGUUACUGAAAUGGUUACCGGAGAGGACCUCGUCAGGUGGCAGCUCAUUGUUGCUGAGGGUGGAAGACUGCCCCUUACCCAACAGGAAAUUGAGCAGAGGAUCAAGGAGAGGGGCCAUGCAAUCGAAGCGCGCAUAUACGCUGAAAAUCCAGACAUGAACUUCAUUCCCGAUUCUGGGCUUUUGCUUCAUCUGAAGACUCCGGAGCCUACUUCUACUGUGCGCAUCGACUCUGGCUUCAUCGCCGGUGAUGAAGUAUCUUCGCAUUACGACCCUAUGAUCUCCAAACUCAUUGUCCAGGGCCCUACACGCGAAGCCGCAAUCCAAAAACUGCGAGCCGCACUAGAAGAGUACGAAGUUGCGGGACCUGUCACAAACAUUGAGUUUAUCAAGCGCAUGUGUGUGUCUCCAGACUUUGUUGCCGGCGAUGUAGAGACAGGAUACAUCCAGAAGCACCAUGCUGAGCUCUUCACUCCCGAGCCCCCAGCACCAGAAGUCUACGCCCAGGCCGCUCUAGGUCUUGCACUCGAACAAAUUUCUGCGUCAAAAGGAGAUGUAUGGAAAGGUCCGCCUAUCACAUCCGUCGGCUUCGGUUUCAGCAGCUCCUACCAAGAGCGCGAAUUCAACCUCGUCGAGAUACCAGCCGACGGCAAAGGCGAAGAAAAAGCCACAAAAGUUACCGUCCGCCAGACGAGUCCCCAACAGUUUAAUAUUCGCGUUGGCGACCAAACAUAUAGCACCGUCACAUCGACUUUCUCGCCUUCAAACAACACCAUAACUUCCUUUUACCCGCACACACGUCUCGCAACCACCUUUGUCCGCGAUGAAGACCGCAUCACCCUCUUCCACCUUGGCCGCCAGCACCGCCUCAAACUCGCCAUGCCGGAAUGGACCAAGAAAGCUCUCGGCGUCAAAGAUGUCGCUAACAGCGUCCUGGCGCCCAUGCCCUGCAAGGUACUUCGUGUCGAGGUCGAAGAGGGUCAGGAAGUCAAGAAGGACCAGGCUCUUGUUGUUAUCGAGAGUAUGAAGAUGGAGACUGUGAUUAGGAGUCCUAGUAAUGGUAUUGUCAAGAGAAUUGUUCAUGGCAAGGGCGAUUUGUGUAAGGCGGGAACUGCGCUGGUCGAGUUUGAGGAGCCUGCGGGUGAGAAGGAGGGUUAGUGUUUUGUUCCUUUGUUUAUGUAUACUGUAGCGAUCUGGGGAAGUUAUGGCCUGGGAAAAUACUGUAUGAAUGGUAUGAUGAUGAAUAUG